AUGUUAUUACAAGGAUCUUAUCCUGGAGUUGAUCAAUUAAUCAAAUAUCCUUCUUCUUUUAAAAUGAGACCAAGUCUUAUAAAACUUACUCAAGCUUUCUGGCUACUUGAUCAUGAAGACUAUCAUGGUUUUCUGGAUAUGAUGACUGGUCAAUUAGUUAGUGAUUCUGAUGUCAAAGAUUGGCAUCAUAAACUUGUAUUAAAGACACUGAUAAGGAGCAGUCAACAUAAAUUAGCUUUGAUGUAUCUACGUAUAAAAAAACCACCUUUGUCAUCAAUUCAAGAUAAAAGUACAUUGAUAAGUUUAUCAGUAGAACAUGGAUUAGUUCAAUCUGCUUUUCAUCGCAGACCACAAUCACAUUAUACACAGUUACUUAUGUGCUUCUUUCAAGCUUGUAAAAAUUAUGAUAAACUCGGAGAUAUUUUACAUUUGGCUCUAGACUCCGAAGAGGAAGAAAUGUUUGUCAAAUUUCUGGAAGAUUCGAAAUCUGAAGAUAUAAAAUUAUUAUAUUAUUUACAGCGGUGUCGUUAUAUGGAAGCAAAUAGUGGAAAUUUGAAUAUAUGGUUCAAUUCUUCUGUCUCUAAAAAUAUGCAUACCGAUAUGUUAAACGCCUAUAAUGCAACUUUACCUGAUGUGGUGAAGCGAUUUUCUGUAAGCAUAAAUAAAACAAAUUUAGAUGCAGGUUUAGAGUCUAGAUAUCCCAGACCCAUGACUCAUAAAAAAAGUUCUCAAAAAAAUUUAAAUAUUUAUGAAACAGUUAUUAAGAAAGCAAAAGAGACUUAUCUUAGAGAGGAAAAAUCUGUAAUUCCUUUUGUCACUGCUCCUUGGGCUACAUUAAAACCAAGUAACGAAAGAGUUAAUAUAAGCUGUGUAAUGACUCCUAAAAUAGUACAAAAUAAUAGAAAACGCACUUUAGAACAAGUUACACAUGAUGAAGAAGACAAUGAAAUGAAAACUCCAGAUAGAACAAAGCGUAGAAAGUUACUGGAUGAUGAUGAAACAGUUUUAAAUGCUGUAUUUAAUACUCCAUUGGUAAAACGAAAAAUAUCCAGUAAUAGAAAUACUCCGAUUGAAACUCCGCAUUCUAUUCUAAAAAUUCGGCAGCUUAUAAGAUCCUCAACUUCUCCAACUAUAGGUAGUUUACAAGAAGAAGUCAUGGACAAUUCUGUAUUAGAUAAAGAGCGUAAAGUUAAUCGACAGAUACGAUUCAAUAUUAGCCAAUCAAAGAAAAGUAGUUCUGAUGACGAGAUUAAUGGAAAAGAAGAUUUUUCUAAACUUAAUACUUCAGAAUUAAGUGAAGAAGUUUUUGAAAGUCCAACAGUGAGUGAAAAAUCUUCAAUUGAAAAUGCAAUCUUAUCAAAUAAUGAUUAUACUUGUAAAAAUGUUUACACAGCUCGACCUAGACCAAGUCUUAGAAGAACUUAUUUGCAAACAUCCACAGAAUCUAUAAACGAAUCUUUAACUAAUUAUUCAAAAUCAAGAAACUAUUGUUUAUCAAAAAUUCCUAAGGAACAGAAUACUAAUUGUAUUUUUGCGUCGACUCCUUUGAUAAAAAGUUCUAUUCCAGAAGAAUCACGAUAUAGUUCAAAAGAAUCUAUAAAUACAGAGAUCGAAAAAGAUAUUAUUCCAGAAAGUAAACUUUCAGAAAGUAUACAUCAAUCAAAUCAUUUAGAAUUAUGUGAUGAUGAAAAAUUAAAAAAUGAAAAAAAUAAUUAUAAAGAUCUUUCGAAGAACAAAGAGCAAUGUUAUCAAUCGUUUCGCGAUAAACCGAAUGAAUUUAUUCACGACGUUGAAGAAUAUACGAGUUCAAAGAAUGGUGAGCAUUUCGAUAUUACUGAUGAUGAGUCUUCGGAUAGUGAUAGUGAGAUAGUUUUAGUUCUUGAUGAAAUAGAGAGUAAACAAAAACAAGAAUCGAAAUCAAUACCUUCAGACACUAAUAAUAUUUAUGGUGAUUUAAAUAUUACAGAUGAUGAAUCUGAUUCUAAUAUGGAAGUACAAGAUACUCUUCAAAGAAGUGUUACAGCUUUAGAUAGACAAGAAAACAGCCAAAAAACAAGAAAGAACUCAGUCCAUGAUAUACCAGAAUGUACAAAUUCAAAAGAUAUUGUUAAUAUAUCUACUUUAAACUUAGAAGUUACACCUAGAAUAACCAGAUCACGUAGAGCUUCUUCCAUUACAAAAGAAAUCAAUUCAUCUCCUUUAAGUUCACCUUCUAAAGUUCCAUCAAAAACAUCACGGUCGAGACGAGCCAGUUCGCUUGUAAAAGAAGUAUUACUUGGAUCUAUGGUAUCUACAGAUGAAAAUAUUAAACAGACGAUCUCUUCUGGAUCAGAAGGAUUAUCCGAAAUGUCAACUCCAAAAAGAACUAGAGGUAAACGAGCAUCUUCUGUAACCAAAGAUGUUUCUAUAGAAACAGAAGGUGAAGAAGUCAAGAUUCCAAUAAGAAGAAGCAGUAGACGUUCUGCUUCAGUACAGAAAGAGCUAGAACCAGUAAAAUCUUUAUCAAAGAACGAUGAAAUAUUGUCAAUAUCUAAUAUAUCAACAGAAGAUAACAUGAAAAAAGUUCAAACAAAAACUACAAGUUCAAAGAUGAAACAAUCUUCUGGAGGAGCAAAAAAAUCGAAUGCAAACUCUUCUAAAUUAACAAAAGAAUAUAAAACAAAUGAACAAGAAAUAGAAGAAUCAAGUACUAUUAAAUCGUCAAGAAAACGUGGUAGUUCUGUAUCUAAGGAGACAAUUAGUCUAAUACAAACUCGGAGAACUAGUAAUGUAACUAAGGAAAUUAUUUCACAAGAAAUUGAAUCACCACUAGAAGGAAUAGAAGAGCAGUUUUUGGUAAAACAAGUAAUAAAUAGACCAACUGCGAAUACACGUAAUCGUAGAUCAUCGAUACAAUCAAUACCAGAAGAACUUGAAGAAAUUCUAAGUGUUCCAUCAAAAAAGAGAAUAUCUACUGCAAAUAAGAGGCAACAGAAUUCCCGAAUGAGAAGAGCUGCAAGCGUUGAUUUAUCACAAACAGAAAUAAAAAGAAAAACCAGAAGUACUCGGAGCAAAGGAAUCUUUGAAGAGACAAUAAUAGAAGAAGAAAUAAUAGAAACCACAAAUCCAGUAGACGAUUUUAAUAGUAAAGAAGUUGUUAUGAAAAAAAAGCGUACAACUUCAGAUUCCUCUAAUCAAAAAAUAGAUGGAUCAAGGAAAACUCGAAAAUCAAUAAAACAAGAUACUAAAGAUAAAGAAACUAACCAAUUUUUAUUUUCACAACCAGAGAAAACAAAAGAUCUACCAUUGGAUCAAAAAGCAAUUGGAGAAGUUCCAAAAUAUAUGUUUUCACCUCCCCAUACUAGAUCAAAAACUACGACUUCCGAUCUUCGUAGGUGGUUACUUUUCAAUUAG